AUGAAUAUAUUAGGUAUAUUUGCAGGUCUUUUCAUUAUAGGACUAUUUCAAUAUUCAGAACAAUUUAAUAGUGGGAGAUUUGAAUUCCAAAAGAAUGAUGAGAAAGUGUCAUCAGAAAUGGUUAGAGUCACAAUAAAUAAAUACAUAUGCCAACAACAAGAGAUUCUUCCAAAAGGAGUUGUUCUUCCAUUUGAAUUACCCGAUAUAGUAUAUUUAUGUAUUGGGAUUUGUUCAAUGGUUUUAUUAAUUAUUUGUUCAAGAAUAAAAAGAACAGGAAUAAUUCAAACAAUGAUGAUCUUUUUAAUAACAGGUAUUUUAUUCUUUAUUUCAAUGUUUGGAUUUAUUUUCUAUUUAAAUAUGACAAGUAAUCCAAUUGUUUGUGGACCAAUUAAAAAUUUCAUUCUUCCAACUAUCCAAGUCUUUGGAGAUAGCUCUAUUCUUCAAAGAAUAACAAUUCAAGACCUACCAAUUUACCAACUGCUAAUUCAUUAUUAUCCACAAUCACAAAAUUAUCUGAGUCUUUUUAUUAAGAAAGCAUCUGUUAUUGGAUUAAAUUCACCAGUUUUGUUAAUGACUAUAGGAUUUUUCCUAUUGUCAAAGAAAAGUAUGAAAACUACAAGAACCACAGUUGUUUCAUUAGUCACAGCAAUAGUUGUUAUGAUGACAUCAAUUGACUAUAUCAAAGAAACACAAGACACUCUUUCAUGUGUUAUUUGUUCAGUGAUAGUAAUAAUAAUGGUUUUAAUUAUUUUUAACUCUAUGGUUUCAUCUGGACAUUUCCUCUUAUUACCAAUUAUUCUAGUUAACUGCUGUUCAGUUGUAAUUGGAAUGUAUCGAGUCUUUGUAAUAGAAGUGUUCAUCUUAUUUAUGAUUGUCUACGUCUUCUCUUUACUUUACAUUUAUUUCUGGUCAGAUGGAUAUGCUGUAAUUGCAUCAUCACUCGUUUUCCUUGGAAUGAGCCAAAUAAUACCAUUAAGAAGUGGUUAUUUACUUGCAACUAUCUUCUUAUUAACAGGAUUCAAAAAUUAA